UGGGAAUGUUGCGCCGAACGGGACAGUUUGGAGUCGUCGCCGUGGGCACGGUGCCUGCGCUGGGUUGGGAUAGUAACCGGACUCCCGUCGUCGGGAAUCGAAAACGACGUCUUGUCUGUGCGUCGAGAUACGUCAGUUGCCAAAUCAGUCCCGGUGGUACUCUCGCCAGUGGUAGUGUCGACUAUGGAUUCAGUGGGGGCGGGCAAGAUCGGUCUGCGCGUAUCGACACCCAUGACGGAGGAUGUGAGCGGCCCUGGUGAAGUUCACCCAGACAAGACCAUAGUCUAUCGGAGGAUUUGUUUUUCUUGUCUCACUCCUUUCCUGCUCCUUGCUUUUCUCGGACAAUAUGGUUUUCGUCCGAAAUUUCUUCCUCCUUCUCUUGCUCCUUGGGGAAUGGACAGUGGUUGGAUCUUAGGGGACAACAGGAAACAGGAAAGCGGGCAGAAGGGCAAGAUCUUGAGUCUGGAAGGAUCACCAGCGUCUGGAACGGAGAUCUCCAGGCUGCGUCCGACGGUGCAGGAACACCAGGGGGUUAUGGGUCGACAGCACGAGGCCCGAAGACAGGAAGGAAGGUUAGACAAGUGUCGAGAGAGCGCGGUAGGCGUGGAUGGGAGAAACAGCAGGACGAUUUCAGCCGCCGAUCGCUCACUUUUGCUUGCCUGGUACCUUACACUUGGAGGACGCGAGCAGAAUGGUUGGCCGUGAUAGACUGGUCGGCAGUCGUAGUCGCCUGAAGACGAGGAACAACGGAGGACGGUGAAGGAAACCAACCGGCCUGUCGGACAAUUCACAAGCUCAUGCCUAAUAAUGUUCGAUGCGACACCGCCAGAGUGGGUGGGCAGAGCAAAACUCGAAUCCGAUCAAAUCAGAGCGAGGGAGGAGGAGAAGGUGGGAAAAUGGAUUGGAACAAAUAAAAUAGAAUUAAAAAAAAUGGGCUGAAAAUGAAAUGAA